UCCAGUUUGGGAAUAACAGUAACUACAUGAACAUGGCCGAGGCAAGCAACGCUUUCUUCGCAGCCAGUGAGACAUUCCACACACCAAGUCUCGGGGAUGAGGAGUUUGAGAUCCCCCCAAUCACGCCUCCCCCAGAGUCGGACCCCGCCCUGGGCAUCCCCGAUGUGCUCCUGCCCUUUCAAGGCCUCAGCGACCCCUUGCCCUCCCAGGGCAGCGAAUUCACACCCCAGUUCCCCCCUCAGAGCCUGGACCUUCCGUCCAUCACCAUCUCAAGAAAUCUCGUGGAACAAGACGGCGUGCUCCACAGCAGUGGGUCGCACAUGGACCAGAGCCACACCCAGGUGUCCCAGUACCGCCAGGAUCCAACCUUGAUCAUGAGGUCCAUCGUCCACAUGACGGAUGCCGCCCGCUCCGGGAUCAUGCCUCCCGCCCAACUCACCACGAUCAACCAGUCUCAGCUCAGUGCCCAGUUGGGGUUGAACUUGGGAGGAGCCAGUUUGCCCCACACGUCUCCUUCACCUCCAGCGAGCAAAUCGGCCACCCCCUCCCCUUCCAGCUCCAUCAAUGAAGAGGACGGGGAUGACUCCAGCCGGGCCAUCGGGGAGAAAAGAGCGGCUCCAGAUUCUGGCAAGAAGCCCAAGACUCCAAAGAAAAAGAAAAAGAAAGAUCCCAACGAGCCCCAGAAGCCAGUGUCCGCAUAUGCCCUGUUUUUCAGGGACACACAGGCAGCCAUUAAAGGUCAGAACCCCAACGCCACCUUUGGAGAGGUCUCAAAAAUCGUGGCAUCCAUGUGGGACAGCCUUGGAGAGGAACAAAAGCAGGUGUAUAAAAGGAAGACGGAGGCUGCCAAAAAGGAGUACCUGAAGGCCCUGGCCGCAUACAGGGCCAGCCUCGUGUCUAAGGCGGCCGCUGAGUCGGCGGAAGCCCAGACCAUUCGUUCCGUUCAGCAGACCCUGGCGUCCACCAAUCUGACAUCCUCCCUCCUCCUCAACCCUCCGCUGCCUCCACACGGGGCUGUGUCGGCGGCGGCCGCGCCCCAGACCCUGCCUCAACAGUCGCUCCCCCGCUCCAUCGCUCCCAAGCCCUUACCCAUGAGACUGCCCAUGAACCAGAUCGUCACGUCGGUCACCAUUGCGGCCAGCAUGCCAUCGAACCUUGGGGCGCCGCUGAUCAGCUCCCUGGGCGCGAGCCUGGUGGGCUCGGCGUCCGCCACGCAGGUGAGCCCGUCCGUGCAGACCCCGCAGCAGCAGCAGCAGCAGCUGCAGCAGCUCCAGCAGCAGCAGACCCCGCAGCAGCAGCUGCAGCUGCAGCCGCAGCACCUGCAGCGC